AUGAACCUGAGAAUGUAUGCAGAAUAUCCAGAGGCCACUGGGAAGAAUGUCACAAUGCAUCCGGCUGGAUCCUUGGCAGCGGUGUCGAGUCUCACACGGGAGACUUGGGAGCGUCACGAGCACUAUGCCAUCAGCCUGUUCCUCUCCUCCCUGUACACCAUAUUCCUGUUUCCUGUGGGAUUUAUCGGCAACAUCCUGAUCCCGGUAGUGAACCUGGACCGCCGGGGUCAACUGACCGCCCCUGAUCUGUACUUCGUAAAUCUGGCAGUCGCCGACUUCAUUCUGGUGGCUGACUCCUUGAUUGAAGUGUUCAACCUGAGGGCAGGAUACUAUGAUGUCGCUGCACUUUGCACCUUCAUGGCCCUCCUCCAGCAGAUCAACAUGUACAGCAGCGUGUUUUUCCUCACCUGGAUGAGCUUCGACCGCUACAAAGCGCUGACAGGCGCCAUGGGCCGUGGCGUGCCACAUGCCCGCCUCAGUUGCUGCCUGAUCUGGGUGUCCUCGUCCCUGCUUGCCAUGCUGCCCUUCAUCGUGGAGCAGGCUCGCCACGCAGGCGACCAGCACUUCUGCUACGCCAACAUGUCCCAGGUCCAGUGGCUGGAGGUGACGCUGGGCUUUCUGGCACCAUUCUUUGUCCUGGGCGUGUGCUACUGGAGGAUUUGGCAGUCACUGAGCCAUGGACACUGGGAGCAGUGCGGGCUGCAACGGCGCCCCCGCAGACAAAAGGCCCUGCAGAUGAUCUCAGCAGCCGUCCUGGUCUUCUUCAUCUGCUGGCUACCAAAGAAUGUCUUUGUCAGCGUUCACCUCCUGAGGGGGGAUGUGGGAGGGAGCACCCUGUGGCACGACUACCCCCUGACGGCACACAUGGUCAACCUGGCAGCCUUCUCCAACAGCUGCCUGAACCCGCUCAUCUACAGCUUCCUUGGAGAGACUUUUCGAAACAAGCUGAGGCUCUUUCUCAGGCAGAAGGCCAGCUGGGCCAAGCUGUACUGCUCCACCUCAGGGAACUCCACCAGCUCACCCGAAGGAAUACUUAGUCGCACGAUAUGCAAAGGAAGAUACGAAUCCCCUCCAUUCUUUCAGAGCUCUACCUGCCUCCCACAGGCCGUCACUGCUCCCUUGAAUCAAAACUCACCACAACUAUUUCAUCACACACCCUCAGUGAACAGCUAG